CUCUCGUACCCGGAACGUUUUGUAGUUGUUUCCAGCCGGUCCGUGAUUAAACCAGCACCGGUCUCAACAUGGCGAGGCACCUUCGCUUCAUUUCGCGGACAGUGAUGGUCAAAGACGGCAACGUUGAUGCGGCAUAUAAGACAUUACACAGGGUCCUGAGUCAGGAUGGGGUUAUUGAUGCAGUGAAGCGCAAACGUUACUACGAGAAGCCCUUUCAAGAGCGGCAGCGGAAGAGUUUUGAGAGCUGUAAGCGGAUCUACAACAUGGAAAUGGCCAGAAAAAUUGCCUUCCUCUCCAGGAAAAACAGAGACGAUCCCUGGCUCGGCUCCUAGUGAAAUGAAGUGUGAUGAAACAGGACGCUAUCAAUGGGUUUAUUGAAACAAGGUCACCAAAGUGGAAAGAGCAGAUAUGCAUUUCUUGAAGUCGACAUGGACUUUUCUUUUCAUUUUCUCCACUAAAAUAUGACAUAGAAAGUUUAAUGUGUGUACCUUAUUCCUGGUUGUAGUAAGCAGAUUAUUCAAAACUUGUUCGAUGACACUUUGUGUUUUGAAUCUUCCCGCACAAUCUUGGAAAUAAAUGUAUAAAACUUUCUUUAAAUCUUAA